CGGGACUUCCUGCCGUGGACUCAUGGUGAGCGGCUGCGCGAAGGAAGCAACUUCCUUUUGUGGGUGGCGGCGAUCGCAGAGAGAGCGCUAUGAAGGCCUCGGGCACGCUUCGAGAAUACAAGGUGGUGGGCCGCUGCCUUCCCACCCCCAAAUGCCACACCCCACCUCUCUACCGAAUGCGAAUCUUUGCACCCAAUCACGUUGUUGCCAAGUCCCGCUUCUGGUAUUUUGUAUCUCAGCUAAAGAAGAUGAAGAAGUCUUCAGGGGAAAUUGUCUACUGUGGGCAGGUGUUUGAGAAGUCCCCACUGCGGGUGAAGAACUUUGGUAUCUGGCUGCGCUACGACUCCCGUAGUGGCACCCACAAUAUGUACCGGGAAUAUCGCGACCUGACCACCGCGGGCGCUGUCACCCAGUGCUACCGAGACAUGGGCGCCCGGCACCGUGCCCGGGCCCACUCCAUCCAGAUCAUGAAGGUGGAGGAGAUUGCGGCCAGCAAGUGCCGGAGGCCGGCGGUCAAGCAGUUCCACGACUCCAAGAUCAAGUUCCCGCUGCCCCAUCGGGUCCUGCGUCGCCAGCACAAGCCACGCUUCACCACCAAGAGGCCCAACACCUUCUUCUAGGUUCAGGGCCCCCCCAGGCGUUACCCAAAUAAACUUGAUUCUUAGGCUCA